AUGUCCGGACAACUCAGCAAAGUCAACCCAGGAUGUCACAAUCAAGCAAGUUCUGCCAGCAUACCCUAUCUCCAUCGCCGAGCCUCAGGAUAUCCCUGGUUCAUGACUGCUUGGUUCUUCCUUCUCAACUACUCGUACAGCACUCUUUCAACCAUCUGCUCAAGCGUCAGAAAAUGUAAACAACGUACGCCGUUCUCCGAAAUAAUGAUGACCGUCCCAAAUACAAAUGCCAAGUAUGAAAAGCAAAGGUAG